AUGUUAUACCAAACCAAAUUGUUCUCCCUCUCCCAUAUUCCUGGCACUUUCCCUUACUUGUUAGUUUCUUAGUUUUUGUUACAAAUUAAAGCACUGCAAGCUUCAUUGCUCAAAAGUGAAAAAAAUGGGUACUGAAUAUCACAAUUCUUUGCACAUAUUCUUCUUUCCUUAUUUUGGUCAUGGUCAUAUCAAACCAACUGUCGAUAUGGCCAAAUUAUUUGCAUCAAAAGGUGUCAAAGCCACAAUUAUUACCACACCCAGUAAUGAAACUUUAAUCUCCAAAUUUAUACAAAAAUCCAAAAUUAGUGGCCACAAUAUUCAUAUUCAAACCAUAGAGUUUACUUCCCCAAAAACUUGUUUACCAAAUGGUUCUGAAAUUAUUGACUCAAUCCCUUCACCGGAAUCAUUCUUUUCGUUCUUAAAAGCCACAGAAUCGUUACAAGAGCCACUUGAAAAACUACUAGUUGAACAAAAUCCAGAUUGUGUUGUUGCUGACAUGUUUUUCCCUUGGGUAACUGAUUCUGCUUCCAAAUUUGGAAUUCCUAGAAUUGUGUUUCAUGGUACUUCUUUCUUCUCGUUGUGUGCUACCUAUUGUAUCAAACGAUUUGAACCUUUCAAGAAUGUUUCUUCUGAUUUUGAACCCUUUGUUAUUACUGAUCUUCCUGGUAAUGUUAAAAUGACAAAGUCGUUCUUACAACCUUUUGAGAUUUCGAAGGGUUCUACUGAAGGAUUAGGCAAAUUCUUUCGGGAAAUACAUGAAUCAGAAAUGAAGAGUUUUGGGGUUGUUGUUAACAGCUUCUAUGAACUUGAAAAAGAUUAUGCAGAUUAUUAUAGAAAGGGAAUUGGUAGAAAAGCAUGGCAUAUUGGUCCUUUGUGUAUCUGCAAUAAGAGCACAGAAGAAAAAGAAGGUUCUAUUUAUGAACAUGAGUGUCUAAAAUGGCUUGACAUGAAGAAACCCAAUUCAGUUGUUUACAUAUGUUUUGGAAGUUCGACAAAAGUUCUUGACUCUCAGCUUAAAGAAAUAGCUGUUGGACUUGAAGCAUCAGGGAAAAAUUUCAUCUGGGUUGUGAGGAAAAAGAAAGAAGAAGGAGAAGAAUGGUUACCUAAAGGAUUUGAGAAAAGAAUGGAAGGAAAAGGACUUAUUGUAAGAGGGUGGGCCCCACAAGUUUUGAUUCUUGAACAUGAGGCUGUUGGUGCAUUUGUGACUCAUUGUGGUUGGAAUUCAAUUUUAGAAGGUGUUUGUGCUGGAAUGCCUUUUGUUACUUGGCCUGUGGCUGCUGAACAAUUUUAUAAUGAAAUAUGGGUCACUCAAGUACUUAAAAUUGGUGUUCCUGUUGGAGUUACAAAAUGGGUUGAAUCGUUUGGGGAAAGUAUUGAAUGGGAUUUAGUGGAGAAGGCUGUGAAGAGGAUUUUGGAAGGAGAAGAAGCUCAGGAAAUUAGGAACAGGGUGAAGCUUUUAUCAGAGUUAGCUAAGAAGGCAGUGGAAGAAGGAGGCUCUUCUUACUCUGAUUUGAAUGUUUUAAUUCAGGAUUUGAGUUUGCUUAGGAAUUGAGAUAAUCCAUCCUUGAUCAAAUUUUAAGCAAAGUUAAGUCUGGAUACAUGUGCUGUUUUGUAUUUGAUAUCUUCUUAGUUUAAGUCGUUAGAAUUAGUUUUCGAUACUUUGUUAACAAACUAAUACUCUAGUCACCCUUGUUGGUUAAUUAGUUGUAUUAGUCAGUUAUUUUAUAUCAAUUAGUUGUUUAUUUAAUUGGUUACAAAAGUUUAUGUAUAUUUUUUGUUGGGAUGUUUUAAA